GUCCAGCCCUCGCCUCGUCUGUUUUCGCCCUCCCUCUCGAUCUCCGCGUUUUAUGUCUGCGUCACAACAAGUCGCUCGGAGAGAGACAGAGAGCGAGGAGGAGGAGGAGGAGGAGGAGGAUGAAGAUGGCGUCUCUGGCGGCUCCAUAUACGCUGGCGCUCGCUCUGAAUUAAACGGCAAACGCGAUAGGUAGCGUUGAGGGGUCGAAAAAAAACCGAAAGGAGCUGAAAGCACGGCGGCGGAGGGCGCAUGCUCGCUUCCUAGUUGCUCUUCCUCCUCUUCCUCUUGACUGACACUUGCACGCACGCACAGGCAGCCAGCGGUGACGAUGAUGAUGAUGGUGAGGACGGCGACGCACAUGCAGCCUGGCCGGGAAUCGGCGUGACCCCCACGGGAAAGGACGGAAGGAAGGAAUUAGGAAGGAAGGAGUCGGACUUGAGCGAAGGAUGGGGGGAGUGAGCGAGGGGGACGACGUGCUGGCCAGAUGGAGCGACGGGCUCCUCUACCUGGGCAACGUCAAGAGGGUCGACGGCGUCAAGCAAUGCUGCCUGGUGAGAUUCGAGGACAACUCCGAGUUCUGGGUCCUGAGGAAAGACAUCCACUCCUUCGCAGCCGGCGUGGAGGAAGUUUGCUGUAUCUGCGACGCCCCGCCUCUUAAAGAGCCCCUCGUAAAUUGUCUGAAAUGUCGCCACGGUUAUCAUGCCGAGUGCCACACGCCCAGCAUCGAGCCCGAAGCUGACAGCGAAUCGUGGAUUUGUCGCCAGUGUGUCUUUGCUGUAGCAACCAAGAGAGGCGGUGCCAUCAAGCGUGGCCGCUUCGCCCGCCUCAUGCACUUCAUGAAGCUGCGGCUGCCCUAUCAGCUGAUGUCUUUGGACUGGGACGCGCAGCAUCUGUCCAACCAGCAGCAGUGUUACUGCUACUGCGCCGGCCCUGGAGAGUGGAACCUGAAGAUGCUUCAAUGUGGAAGCUGUGGCCAGUGGUUCCACGAGGCCUGCACUCAGUGUCUCAGCAAGCCUCUACUCUACGGGGACAGGUUUUAUCAGUUCCAGUGCUCAGUGUGUAAUAAAGGACCAGAGACCGUCAAAAGACUUCCCAUGACCUGGGUGGACUUGGCCCACUUGGUGCUCUACCACCUGUCCCUGUGCUGCAAGAGGAAGUACUUUGAUUUCGACCAUGAAAUCUUGUCCUUCACCAACGAGAACUGGGACUCGUUGCUUCUGGGCGCGCUCUCCGACACGCCGAGGCAAGAACGAUGUCACAACCUCCUCAACGCACUCAACUCCCACAAGGAGCGGUUCGUCUCCGGGAAAGAAAUCAAGAAGAAGAAAUGUCUUUUCGGGCUCCAGGUCCGAGCCCCGCCGCCGCUGACGUCCGAUGCGUCGCCCCUCAUAACCGAGCCGCCCAUCAACAUCUCCCACCGCAGAAGCCCGCUGUCGCUGCCCUGCCAGAGGAGGUCGUCUGGGCCCGAGUCACGCAAGUCAAAGCGGCGCAUCACGGAGACGCAGGCUUGUCCGCCCCCGGUUUUGUCCAACCCCAUGGAGCUGCUGCCUUGUUGCCAUGGCUACGUGGGAGGGGACGGCCUGUACACCCCCGGGAAGUCUGAGGAGGAAGUCCACCUGAGUUCUCCCCCGAAGCGGAUGUAUGCGCUGUACCACACGGCGUACAACAGAAACACGGCGCUCUCCAGAGGUCUCCAUCACUGUAACAGCAUGGAUGACAGCUGCAGAGUCCCCCCGCCCUGCUUCCCGUACCCCCUCGACUCCAGCGACCACAUCCACCACCCGCACCACCACCAGCCGGGACAGAAGCAGCCAGAACCCAUCCUGCUACGCGAUUUGCCGCCUCGGCCCCAGGCGGAUGCCGUCGGAGGCGGCGGCGGCGUGGCCGGGGACGGGGCGGAAGACGGGACGCUUACCAGGAGCUGGGGCGGAGGCGAGGCGGUGAGAAUCCUGGCCAGACGGGUCACGCCGGACGGGAAGGUGCAAUACCUUGUGGAGUGGGACAACGUGGGCUUGUACUGAACUCCACGCACGGACUCUUUUGUAGUCGCCACGAGGAAACGCCGGCUUUAAGAUACUAAACGUGGAAAAGAUGGGGGGGGGGGGGGGGGGGGGGGAAUAGCACAUGUCGCAAAAUCCAGGUUGCUCUCAUGGUACCGUCUCGAUCCCACGUCCUUUUAACCUCACGACUCUUGACUCUAUGUUCCUCUCGCUGGUGUUUCUUGGGUAUUUGUACUGUUAACUUUGGAAUAUGCCUUUACAUCUGCCAUCUUUUACCAGGACGGGAUUGUGUUUAACCUCCAGCUGGUUCGUUUACCUCACAUCAAGCGGGGAGCUCUACUUUUAAGUUUUAUAUCAACCAACUAGUGGUCAAAGGCCAAACAUACUUUCGAAAGCUGAUUAUUUGGGCUUGCCUUGAGAUAUGAGAUGAAUUCAUUCUGUGACACUUGUACCUCAAAUCAUUUUUCCUCAUUGACAUGCAUGGAAAUGCCAAAUAUUCGUUACAGCCUCCCUAGUAAAAAAAACAACAACACAUUUUUACGUUUAAUGUUAAAAAAAACCUAAAAUAUUGAGCUUUAUAGAAACAUACAGGAAUGACAUAAGUGGAAUGAAAUCAAUAGAAUUUUGCCACACAUUGGCUUAAUAUUACUGCGCCAGUAAACCGCAGUAAUAUUAGUCGUUCUUUGCAGAGGAUAAAGCAUAUACGCCUGUGAGUAUUAUUUUAUUAACUGCGUUUCUCCACCGUUUGUGUUCAAAUGAUCCGUUGCUUAAAGGGUCAUAAACCCACCACAUGGCUGUUAUUCGUUAACCCAUCAAUGGCGUUUCCCAUUAUGUGUUAACAAGUUAGUGGACAGGCAAAGCUAUAUGUUUGUUUUAAAUACGCAACAUGUAGUUUAGUCUUUUGUUUUAUGUUUAAUUUGACAGUAAAAGUCGAGUUGUCAAAGCAAAAAAAAGAAAUUAAAGAAAACAUUUUCUGAACACUGACUCGUAUCUGGAAAAACGUGCGAGUCAGGUCACUCGUAUCUCAAGGCACCGCCGUAUUAGCGCUCGGAAGGUUUCUGCGAUGUUAAAAAGGAGUUUUUGAAAGUCAGUUCAAGUUUUAAACCACUCGUGCUUAUCUUCCAUCACUUCACUAAAGCAGCGUUUACCUCCUUUGGUGUCCUCGGUUUCCCGUGGAGCUCCGUUCCUACGGCGACGACAUAUUCCCAGUUUGUUGUCACGUGCCGGUAUGUAACGGAGUACUGUAGUAAAGGUUGGAAUUACAGUAAAUACUUUACUCACAAAAUGUUUGGGGUAUUGGGCUGAAAUUUCAGGAUAAACCGAAAAUGAACUAUAACCUUUACAGGUCAACUUGAUUUGACCUUGUGUAAAUGCACAUGUCCAAUUGUUCAAUGUUUCACUACCUUUGAACAAUUUUAAUGGCAAAAUUCACAACAGGUGUUCGAGCCAUGAACACUUCCACUUCUAUGUCUUUCUGUGACUCUUCUAGUCUCUCUGUAGCAAGAUGCUGAUGACCCUCGCAGUUCAGUCGCCCUUUCCGGACCCGUGAGGCCAAAAAUGUCAACAGCGUGACGAAGAGAAAAAUAAGAAAUAUCAAUUCUAAGUCCGGCAGCAAAUGUCAAUUUUGCGCUCAGCUCUUUGUUGACCAAAAAAAAUAAAUAAAUACUAAUCUGAAACAUGCAACAUUUGGACGCGCAUUGAAAUGUUUACACUGUCAUCCUCAAAUUUCACCCCAAAGCCCCAAAUCACAAACCUUUUGUGGGAAGUGUACUUCUAUGAAGAAGAAGAAGAAGAAUCACCUUUAUUGUCAUGAACAUGCAUGCAUGCACGCCAAAUGUGUUCUCUGCGUUUUACCCAUGACAGUGAACACACACACACUUGUUAGUGGAACCGACACACUGGAGCAGGGGGCAGCUGAAGAACACUGAGGCACGCCAAUUAAACGGAAGAACAGGAAGUACGCGUGAUGGACGGUUUCGUCUUACGUCGCGCGGCAAACUUGUUCCUUCCGCGGCAUUCCGAACGUCCAAACAUCGUAAAGCGAGGACCCCCCCGUGUGUUGGAAAGAAAACGAGUCACCUGGAGGUUCACGUACAGUUCUCUCGUUGUAUUAUGUCACUGAGAUUGUAGCUUGCUUAACCAAUAUUUGAUAGAUUUUUGUCAUACAUCAUUUACAUUGAGUCUCAUGUAUUUGUAUUUUUUUUUUUUUUUGGGUUAUGCAGUCACAUUGUACUGCUUUUUUAUGUAUUGUUUUAUUUUACACUGGUUGCUUAAUGGUUCUUUGGGUUGGACCAAUCACAUCAUCUUGCGAUAAAAGACAAACAUUGAUUAAAAAAAAGCUCGACUUUCCAAAUUGAUGAAAAUAUUUCUGCUUGCAGGAAAUGAUUGAGGAUUUUUUUGGUAUUUGAUGUUGGACACCCACUAACUACAGUGGGUCACUUUUUGUUUUGUUUCACCACUUAGCUAUUUUGGUCAACCACAUUGAACUCAAAUACUAAAAUUGAAGGCAACAGAUUGUCAUUUGCUGGCAGUUUCUCGGACCGCAAGUAGCAACUUGGUAAUACUUACAAUAUUAGUAAUACCGGGUUUGCAAUCAAAAAUGGAGGAUUCAACCCGUAAGUGUUCUUUCGAGGGACACGAUACUUUCAAGGACCGCCUCUUUUGUGGUCAGGUUCGAAAUGCAAGUGGCGGCGUUUUUUAUAUUUUUGACUUUAGAGGUGAGAAGAAUGUGGUUCAAAAGUUCCAGAGUUUAUAUUUUAUACAAAAGCUUUACUUCAGCACUGAGUUUGAUACAGCACGCGCAAUGUUGAUUUGAGUUCCCAGUUUCAUCACCUACGUACGUAUACCAACAAUGGACAAUUGGCCGUUUGUUACGACGCAGGCCAUUGCGUCGGUUUCCAUCCCACUCAAGUGUCUUUGUUGCUUUGUUUGAAAAAGGGAAAAGGCGGCCGAGUGGGGCGAUGGUGUUGAAUGUAUUGAGUGUUUUCUAAUGGUAAAUUUGUACCCGUCAAGUGCUCGUUUUAGGUUGUACUCUCACCGGAAUGUUUCAAAAGGAGGAGGGAAUAUAGAUACACGUUCUGGAACUGAUUUAUUUUGGGAGCCUUCUGUUGUUUUUGAUGAGCUGUCAAAUCCAGGAGCAGUUUGGUUUCUUUUUGAAGAAAUGACCUUUCUAUAAAUGCUCUCUCAAUACACACAAGAAGAAUAAAUGCUUUCCCUUCAUACGUGGUUCCC